AUGUUGGCUCUUGUGGUGUUUAUAUUCAUGGUGGUCUGGCUACCAUACAAUGCCUAUUUUCUUCUUAGCAGUUAUCUACCCUUGCCAGAGAAUCGAAAGACUGGUUUGUACAUUUACAUAAAUAUCUACUGGUUAGGAAUGUCAUCGACGGUGUUCAACCCAAUCAUCUAUUAUUUCAUGAACAAAAGAUUCCGAGUUGGUUUCCGACAUGCAUUCCGAUGGUUACCCUGCAUGCAUGAAAACCGAAGCGAAUAUUUGUCGAUUCUGUCAAGCAACGGGAGAGCUUCGUAUACGCUGGGACGGAGUAUGCGCACCGACGUACUGUUCACAGCCUAG